UUUUGGACUACAGUCUGAAGAUCCUCCUCUGAUUCUCAAGCAAUUCAGUUGUGGACCUCAUUUAAAAACUUCACACGGACUGCCAGCGCCGCCCCGGAUCAAUCAGACGGAACACAAUCAGCUUUUCCCAGAAUAUGUGUUUUGGGCACUCACCGUACCCGCUGUUAUCUGGUAUUAGCCUUAAUUAGAGAACGACAUUAUCCUAAAAGAUCCCUUUAGGCUCUAUGGCUAAAGGAAAGAGAGCAGGCGGAGCCAAAGGCACAAAGAUUACAUUGAAAAUGGCUAAAAAUGCUCUUCGAGUAACUCCAGAUGGGAAACUACGACUUGAUCUGAGCAAUGUAGGCAUUGCUGCAUUUCCCAAAUGCCUCCUAAAGUUAAGAAACAUUGAGGAACUUGACCUGAGCCGGAACAAACUGAAAGUAAUCCCAGAAUUCAUUGGCCAGUUCACUGGACUGCGUUGGUUAGAUCUUCACAGCAACCAAAUCGAACAACUGCCUGAAAGCAUUGGCCUCCUGGGAUCUCUGGUCCACCUCAACCUCUGUAACAACAACCUGGACUCUGCUGGUUUAUCACCUGAAAUAGGAAGCCUAAGAAACCUCCAGGUUCUCAACUUGGGUAUGAAUCGUCUAAACACCCUUCCUCCGACUUUGGCCACCCUGACAAGCCUAACAGAGCUGGGACUUUUUGAUAACUUGUUCACGCAGAUACCAGAAUGCAUAAACGUGUUGCCCAACCUGACGAAGCUGAACACCAAGCGUAACCCUGUUUCCUACACACAGCGAGAUGGCAAAGACUCUGACUGUGGAAAGACGAUGGGAAAUGUGUUUUUGGUGAAAGAGGGAGAUUUGUGCCAUCCUUGUCUAGAGCGGUGCAGAAGGAAAAAGCAGAAUGAGAGGUCGCAAAGAAAGAGUAAUUUUUCAGGGCUGAUCUCGCCAAACUCUGUAGCUCGAGGUAAUCAAGAAAACUGGCGGCAGCAGACUACUAGCUCACCUCCAAGUUUUCAAAAAAGACAAGCCAGACCUGCCAGAGAUACCAAUACAUUGUCUAUUAUGAAUAGCCUUUAUACAUAAUGAUAUUAUACAUAAUGGUUCAACAUUUAAGACUCCUCCUUUACUUUCAGGAAAUAAACGGCAGGUUUUUGCAGAAGGUCCACCAAACGUUGGAUCUCAAGCUCAUUUUU